CAGGACUUGUGGGAGUGGUGGAGUGUGGAGUGGGUCAGCUCCAGUGUGUCAGCCUAACUGCCCUGACUUACCCUCACUGAUCAAUGGGAUGAUUAUGUACAGUGCUGGAUCCCCUGGCAACAGACCUUUCAGCUCUAGUGUUACCUACACCUGUAACCCUGGCUACACUCUCAAUGGAGGUACCAUCAGGGUAUGUGUGAGUGAUGGAGUGUGGAGUGGGUUAGCUCCAGUGUGCCAGCAGAUAACCUGCCCUGAUUUAGUAUUACCCACACUGAUGGUUUCCUACAAUGGUGGAUCCCCUGACAUCAGACCAGUGGACACUGGAGCUACCUACAGCUGUAGUAAUGGCUACACUCUCACUGGAGGGGACAUCACCAGGGUCUGUGUGAGUGGAGGGAGCUGGAGUGGGUCACCUCCAACUUGUCAAGGACCCACUGAACCUCCACCGACUACCUGUCCUGACCUCACCGUACCAACCAAUGGAGUGAUAAUCUACAGUCCAACAACCACCCCCAGACUAGAGGGAGCCGUGGCCACACAGAUCUGCUUGAAUGGAUACGGAUCCUCCACUACCAGCACUGCUACCAGAGUGUGUCUAUCUAACUAACGGAUCGUGGAGUGGAGCAGAUCUCACUUGUCAAUCCUCUACUGGCUGUUCCUGUCCCCAGAGUGACAACACUGGUGCUGUGGUGGGAGGAGUGGUGGCCCUGGUAGCAGUGGUGGCUAUAGUAACUGGUGUAGUGAUGGUGACCUACCUAGUGCUCCGGUACAAGAGAGGAGGGAAAAUGACUGUUCCUCGAGAUGUCUCCCUUACUGACCAGGGUCAAAGUGCAGCCGCUACCUACGAGACCGUCCCUGCCACUUAUGAGGAGAUCCCAGCCUCCAGAGAGGUCAAAGGUGACUACAGCUACACACAGAACAAUGCCUACUCGACUGUGAGUGGGCGUGAGGCUCCUGCUGCUGGAGGAAUACAAUAACUGAACUAUCACAUGACUCAAGUAGAAAAUAUUGAUGUUACUUUGUACAGAGCACACAGUUAUACAUACUUCAUCAGCCCCUCCCCUUCUCACAAUGUGUUUCACCUCAAAAAUGUGAUGGUUUUCAAUGUAAUAAUUAUAAUAAUGGAGUACCUUUUUGUGUAA